GUGCAAGUUUGAGUUUGCUUAUCUUAGGCAAGUUUUAUAUUUAGAGUAGUUAGAGAUUUAGAUGGAUUGAAUAACCUAAUCUAAGUUGAAUUAAACUUAGUUAGUUAUGCAUAUCCGAAUUAGGGAUUGAAGUUCAAAAUUUCGGACUUCCUUGUUUUCUAGGUCAAAAAGGAUUUCUAAUGCAGUUAGGAUUAGACUUCUAAUUUGAAUAGGUUUAAACUUAGUCUUUGAGUCUAGCUUAUAAAUAUAGGGAAGAUUAUAGGGUUGUAAUCUUCGAAUUAUAUAUAGUUUAAUCAUACAUUCAUAAUAAUAUUGCUUAUUGCUGAAUUUUUGGUGAAUUUUCUGUAUAGAAUUAGGUUUGCUUCAUAUCUUUCGUGAGUCUUAGUUUUCAGACUAAUAAUCACAUCAAAAUUAUAUAGUUUGAGAAUAUUAUAAUUAUAUCAAUGGCUUUAUAUUUUGAAUCAUUAACAGAGGCGACUUCUGGAGCCAUUGGAGCUCUUGUUAGCACCACCGUCUUGUACCCUUUAGAUACUUGUAAAACUAAGUAUCAAGCUGAAGCUCGUUCUCAUCAUCAGCAAAGAUACAGGCACCUUUCCGAUGUAUUAUGGGAAGCUAUUCGUAAUGGUCAAGUUCUUUCAUUAUAUCAGGGUUUAGGGACAAAGAACUUCCAAUCUGUUAUACAACAGUUUAUUUAUUUUUAUGGGUACAGCUUUUUAAAGAGGCUUUACCUGAAGAAAAGUAAUCUCAAGUCUAUGGGCACAAAAGCAAAUUUGAUUGUCGCUGCUGCCGCUGGGGCUUUAACUGUCGUCAUUACACAGCCUUUGGAUACAGCAUCAUCCAAGAUGCAAACUAGCGAGUUUGGAAAGGCAAAAGGGUUCUGGAAGACCCUUACUGAAGGGAAUUGGAGUGGUGCUUUUGAUGGCCUUGGCAUCUCUCUCCUAUUGACUGCGAAUCCACCUAUUCAGUACACUGUUUUUGACCAGCUCAAAAACAAACUCCUGAUAACCAAAAACAAAAAUUCCGACUCAUCCCCACACGCUCUCUCUGCUUCUACUGCCUUUUUGUUGGGGGCUCUCUCCAAGACUAUUGCCACCUGCUUGACUUAUCCGGCUAUUAGGUGUAAGGUUGUGAUUCAGGCAGCGGAGAUAGAGGAAGAAAAGCUUCCAUAUGCACAAAAGAAAGCCAGUAAAACUAUCUCAAGGAUAUUCUGUAACAUCUGGAAAAAUGAAGGAAUUCUUGGGUUUUACAAGGGUUUACAUGCCCAAAUUUUGAAGACUGUUUUGAGCUCUGCCCUGCUUCUGAUGAUUAAAGAGAAGAUCACAAAGACUAAUUGGGUCAUGAUGCUUGCUCUGAAAAGAUACCUAUUGACAACUAAUGCGAAAUGGAAAAGUACUUGAGUUCUAUGAUGCAAUCAGUAAAAUUAUUUCAGGUGGAAUUAUUGUGUAUAUAACGAAGACUCUUUAGGCUAUGAGGCUUAGAAGGAUUUGUCAAUAAUGCAGAAGAGAUCAUGUCUAUUAGUGACUUCAAAGGUGCAAGACCAACCACCAAACCUAAUAAUCUUAAGGUGUGAGUUACUUAUGAACAA